AUGGCAGAAAAAUCGUGUAUUAAGCGCCUUCAGAAAGAAUAUAGAGCACUUUGUAAGGAACCGGUUUCUAAUGUUGUUGCUCGUCCAUCCCCAAGUGACAUUCUUGAGUGGCAUUAUGUGCUCGAAGGGAGUGAAGGAACACCUUUUGCAGGUGGGUAUUACUAUGGAAAGAUCAAGUUUCCUCCUGAGUAUCCCUACAAACCUCCUGGAAUCACAAUGAUCACCCCCAACGGACGCUUUAUGACACAGAAGAAAAUAUGCCUGUCCAUGAGUGAUUUUCAUCCAGAAAGUUGGAACCCUAUGUGGUCUGUGUCAAGCAUACUCACUGGGCUUCUUUCAUUCAUGAUGGAUAAUAGUCCUACCACCGGCAGCGUAAACACCACUGCUGCUGAGAAACAACGCCUGGCAAAGACCUCCCUUUCUUUUAAUUGUAAAAAUCCAACGUUCAGAAAACUGUUUCCAGAAUAUAUCGAUAAGUACAACAAGCAGCAACAGCUUGUGUCAGACCAUUUAUCAGAAGAAUCACCUCAAGGAGAAAACCCCAAACCCGAGAUGGAAAAAAUUGUCAACUCCUCAGGGGAAGAAGUUAAAAAGGCAGAUAAACUGAGGGACACAAGAAACAGAAAGCAGCCGUUCCCAACGUGGAUGAUGUUGUUGCUGUUUUCAAUAUUUGGAAUCGUGAUAGCGUUGCCGCUGCUUCAGCUUUGAUGGCCACAUGGCAAGAUUCGGUUAUGGUUAGUGAGAAUACAGUGAGUGUGUAGGUGAGGGAAUCCUUUUCAAUGCUCGAGUGUAGAGGGGAGUUUUGAUAAGAUUCCAGGGAAGGUAAGUUGGAUUAUAAUUUGGCGUAUGUUAAUGCUGGUAAUUUAACUCUCGAGUUUGAAACAUUACGUGCUUGUAAUGUUGGUUGUGUUUAUAAUACUUUGCUUUUAUCCACUUUA